UACUGACUGCAAGCUUGCUUUCUCUUCUCCGUGGAUCUGAUGCAAUGAGUGCUUUCAAUCUUUUCUUGAAUCCUUCGAAAAUUGCUUGGGAGAAUUAUUAUUUUGCCGUCUAAUUAAAAACCCAUAUUUUAAUACUCGGUAGGGUUUUUAUUCAUUCGUUUUUGCACUGGUCACUGACGCUGCACAGGACCAUGGAUCCACCACCGUCUUCAGAGAAAUCGCAUCUCAUCAACGAAAGAAAUGGCAAAAUAUACUCCUUAAAACUUAACAGUGAAUUAUCAGGUUCCAAAGAAAGUUGUCCAAACUUGCCUUUGGGAAAUGGCGAUAUGGCUGGUGCUAUCGAGCUCAAGAGGCCUGUCGGAACUCAUUGCCAUGCAAAAAAAGCAGCCUUCUUUGAGAGCCAUGAGAAACUCAUUGCAAAGAAGAAGCUGUACAUCGCCUCCAUAGUCUGUCUUUUUUUCAUGAUUGGAGAAGUUAUAGGUGGUUAUCUAGCACACAGCUUGGCCAUUAUGACCGAUGCAGCCCACCUUCUGACAGAUUUUGGCAGUAUGAUGGUCAGUCUUUUCUCCUUGUGGAUCUCCUCAAGGCCACCAACCAAGAUAAUGAGCUUUGGCUGGCACAGAUCAGAGAUUCUGGGAGCCCUGAUUUCUGUGAUGUCCAUUUGGAUCGUGACUGGGGUGCUGGUGUAUCUUGCCAUUGAGAGGAUAGUAAAAAAUGAUUAUGAAAUCGAAGGCCAUGUGAUGCUCAUCACCUCAGGUUGUGCAGUCGUGGUCAACAUCAUAAUGGCCUACAUUCUGCACCAUUCCACGACCUUCCACAGUCACGGUUCAGGCUACCACAAGAUUGAUGAGAAUGGGAUGAGUCCUGUGGGGCAUGGCCACUCCCACAGCCUCCUGGGUAAUCAUGGGAACACCAGUGUCAGAGCAGCAUUUAUUCAUGUUUUGGGGGAUCUCUUGCAGAGCUUUGGAGUGAUGGUGGCAGCCAUCAUUAUCUACUUCAGGCCAGAAUACAAAGUAGCCGAUCCCAUUUGCACUUUCCUCUUCUCCGUGUUCGUCCUGGGCACCACAAUUACCAUCCUGAGAGAUGUCUUCCGCAUCCUCAUGGAGGGGGCCCCCAAAAGUAUAGAGUUUAAUUCAGUGAAGGAGGUUCUGCUGUCUCUGAAAGCAGUGAAGGCCAUGCAUAGCCUACAUCUAUGGGCUCUCACCAUUGGCCAGAGUCUGCUGUCUGUUCACAUAGCUAUUGAAGAUAACGCUGACCCUCAUAGUGUCUUAAAGGAAGCCACUGAACUUCUUCAUACCAAAUUUGGCUUUUACAAUACAACCAUUCAAGUGGAGCCUUAUUGUGAAGACAUGAUCCACUGCGCCCAGUGCCAGGACCCUAUGGACUAAGUUCUCCAGGCGCAUCGGUGAGAGGAGGCUGCCUGUAUAAUAUGUACACAUAUUAAGCUUCAUUAAGGGUCCAAGCCAGAAAUGGAAACACUGUGCAAAUGUCUCAUCUACGUAUCACUACGAAUAUGUACAUGCCAAAUGCAUUUUUAUCGAUUAACAAGAAAAAAAAAAGGAAAAAACAAGAAGAGAUUUCACACUGUGCCAUCUUAAAAGUGCAUCUUCAGCAUAAAAAAUGCAUUGGUUUAUGGGAGGAAUAGCUUUAAAAUGAAGUGUUGAUGUUAAGUUUUACAUACUGUAUGCAAAGAUAAAGAAUUGAGAGGCAGUACAUGAGGCCUGGAGGCAUCAUGAGCCUUUUUAUUGUGACUUUGCAAGGUUUUGCUUGGCCGGCUGGCAUCGUACAUACAGCAGAAGUGUACUGUAAUAGCCUGUCUGCAGUCUUGGGAAGGUAAAGGAUGGGUAUUGACAUGACUUCAUUAAAACAAUUAAAAUAGGGUUUAUUAUGCCCCAGCCAGCCUUGCGCCUGCUGCAUGACAGCAUGCUCCUCUAAUCAAUGUGAAUGUCCGCCAAACUGCGGCAUGAUGUUGUAGGGGCUUAAAAAGAAAUUGUGCUCAAGUGUAAUUAUGGAUUUUGUUGGCGAUCUAUCACUAAUGUCUUGUCUCAUGGUGCAAAACUAUUUGCAAAAGCAAGCUGGUGAUUAACUCCGUUCUUCCUCACUGGCUGCGAAAGUGCUUUGAAAAAAGUGGCUUUGAAAAAACAGUGGAGACAAAAUGGUUGAUGCAUGAAACAACUAAGAGUGAUAUUAAAGGUGAAGUGUGUAACUAUCCUUGUUUCAUGUAGAAGAAGAUAUAAAACAUUUGUAGGAUAUCCCAACAAAUUCAUUGGUGGUGAAGCAAAAUUUUCAGCAGCCAUUAGUCCACUCUUCAAAGAAUAAACUGCAUUAAAAAUCUUAAUAAUUAGCAUAAUUAAAAUAGAACAGUUUUCUUUUUGUUUACUGUAUUCAUGUCCACUGUAUCAACAUUUCUCCGAAUCAUUAUUGGUUCAGACCGUCAAAAGUGAAAUAAAAUGCAAUUUUAUACCAUAUUUAGAUGACAAGUGGACACCGCUUGCUGAUUUAUACAUGCAGUGUAGUAUAACAUCCUAACGAAUACAUUUCUGGAUGUAUAGAAUAUUUUGAUGUACUACAAUUACAAAGUGUGCAGUAUAGAACAGAGCACUGCAUUCCAGCAUUAAUGCAAUUAAACUGACCAUCAACUAUCAUUUUUAUAAUUCUUGCCUCAUUUGAACCAACGAGAUGAAAAUAAAGAUGUUUUUACACACUAAUUGAUUAAAACUGUAUACAGUGCAUCCAUGGUGAAAAUAAAUAUUCCAUUCUAAGCAUAGCCAAGUUUGAACUGAAAAGGAGUGGAAUCGAUCAAUAAUUUUGCAGUCUUAGAUGGCGCUAGUAGUGGCACAGAAUUACACACUUCUCCUUGCUAUGAUGCUGUUGUGGGUCACUCUAGUUUCUCAAAGUCAAGCAUGCUUCACACCCUCCACACCCUGAUGUCUUCAGGCUCUGUCCAGCUGUGGUUUGCGAUGACACACAAGCACACAAACACACGUUUUGCACAGGAUUUCCAUCUCUGAUCUCAGUGCCGCCACACUGCCGCAAUGACUCUAUGACAUUCCAGCAAGCGGUUCAACACGUAUCUCAUGUCUCUGUAGUUCAACACUGAGAUCAUGGCAGAAACAUACAAUAAUGAAGCACAUGAUUUCUCAAUGUCUUUUAAAAAAACAUUUUCCAUUUAAACCAUGGUUUUCUUUUAAUUCUUAUUUUGGUAACAACUUUCACUAAUGCUCAUUUACAUUAUAUGUGAAGAUUUUAUAUAAAUAGAACACUGAAUAUGAUUUUAGACUAAUAAAAGAUGAUUAUUGUGUUUUAAAGCUUGUGUGUACUGAUAAAAUGUAGCCAUUGUGAUCUGUUGUGUCGUGAAAGAGUUUUAAGGGUUUGCUUUGCAUGGUUGCUUUUUUUUUCAAUCUCACUGAAAUUCAUUAAAUUCUAUAUUUUGUCUAUUUGUUUUGAUAAAACGAAUAUAUAUUUAAAACAUGAAUAUCACAGUCAUUUAUAUGAGAGAGCGAACAAAAUGUUAAUAUGAAAUGACCAAUGCAUAAGCCAUUUGUCCUCUUAGCCAUAGUUACAGAUUUAGAUUUAGAGUUAUCUCACAUUUAGUUAGCGAAAUUUCAUUGUCAACUGUCAAUAGAGAUGAAGCACCACUCAAAAAUGUCUUUUAAACUGAGUAGUUUUCUGUUGAUCAACAAGUGAAUUUGCAUGAUUGGAAAAACUUGAAAACGAGCAAAAUUUGUAUGACCUAUAUUCAUAUAUUCUUGCCAAAUUUUGUUGAGCAACGAUAAUAGUGACCUAACCUUUAUAAGUAAAUUUUUUUAACCAUCUUCUCAAGUGUCUUAUAUCAUUAGAUUUAUCUGGUCAUUUGAUCAAACAGCACUUAAUAUUUUAGAGAGACAACCAAAAAAAAAAAAAAAAGUAAUCCUAAAAUCUACUGCGAA